AGGGGGUGGGUUCUCCCGGCCCCUGGCCGCUCCGCUCGGUCUGGCAAGCCGGUUCGACAGGGCGGCGUGCUCCGUGCGGGUCUCUGGCUGUGACGAGGGGCGAGCGCGGGAAGCGGGGACAGUGGUCAUUUUGACCCAAGGGAUCGCCUUCAGUUCGGGGCAGAGGACCUCGCGGCGGGCUGUCGCCGCGGUUUCCCUCCUGCACCUCCGGGUCCGGGUCCGGGUCGGCGGUGGCUGUCGGUCCCUCCUGACCGCCGGGAGGAGGGUGUGGAUGCCGAGGAGGGAGGACGCGCCGGGGCGGGACUCGCAGGCGCCUCCCGGGACCUUGGGUCGGUCCCUGGCCCCAGACACGUGCCCUUAUCAGUACUUGAAAGGUGACUCCUGUGACCUGGAAACAGUUCUUAGUCUCAUUUAAUGUUAAUUUAAAUUUUAAGACCAAAGCAGCGCAUGCGUAAGUACUUAGUUGCCGGUGGUCCUUGUGACGCGUCGGAUUGAAUAAAGUGAGUUACUGCAUGAAACCCCGACCGCUCUUCCUGCUUCCACGCUGCCCACUCGCGGAGUUGUGUUUCUCGGGACAGACAUUCCCAGGUCCCGAUGGCACUUUGCUGGGCGAGGCUCUUAGCGUCCUAUCAGCAACUCGGCGAGAACCGCUCUCCCUGGUCAACCUUCGGAAGAGGCACUCGGGCUCAGGAGACGAGGACUUGGCGUCCAGGAUCGACAACUACAAAGCCAAGGCCACACGGCACAUCUUCCUCAUCAGGCACUCCCAGUACCACACGGACGCCCCCCGGGAAAAGGACCGCACCCUGACACCCCUGGGUCGUGAACAGGCUGAGCUCACUGGUCUCCGACUUGCAAGCUUAGGGUUGAAGUUUAAUAAAAUCGUCCAUUCCUCCAUGACCCGCGCAGUAGAAACCACCGACAUCAUCAGCAAACACCUGCCAGGUGUCUCCACGGUCAGCACCGACCUGCUGAGGGAAGGCGCCCCCAUCGAGCCGGACCCGCCCGUGUCUCACUGGAAGCCGGAAGCUGUGCAGUAUUAUGAAGACGGAGCCAGGAUCGAGGCCGCCUUCCGGAACUACAUCCACCGGGCAGAUGUCAAGCAGCAGGAGGACAGUUACGAGAUCUUCAUCUGCCACGCCAACGUCAUCCGCUACAUCGUGUGCAGGGCACUGCAGUUCCCUCCAGAAGGCUGGCUCCGCCUCUCCCUCAACAAUGGCAGCAUCACCCACCUGGUGGUCCGGCCUGACGGCUGCGUGGCGCUCAGGGCCCUCGGGGACACAGGGUUCAUGCCUCCAGACAAGAUCUCCCGCUCCUGAGCCCCACUCUCCUCACCCGUGCCCGGCUCUGGCAUGGGAGCCACCAAGAACACGGAGACCGUGCCUCCGUCCACUCCACAGGCUGCGCUGGGUCACCUCAUUUCUCUAGGACCAGGCGGAGGCGGGUGAGGUGUCUCAACUGCCGCGUGUCAUUCUGGCCCAGGAUGGAAAGCGGAACGUGCUGGUACUUUGGCGAGGUUUCCUGCCCAGUCUCACCCCCAGGAGCCUGUGGGGUGAAGGCCUCCUCACAGGUGUCACCGUGGGGACCACAGCACCUGCAGCAGCCACACGACCCCUUGAGGCACUCAGCAAAGCCCGCCGGCACCAGGGACUUGGGGAGCCCAGCAUUUCCAUCCAUAACUUAUUUCGCUUCGUACGUUCUUCACAUUCUUAAACCCUUUCGUCACUUUGUUAAAUAUUUUUCCAUCUGGUUCUUGGGUUGAGAACCAAUGUCUCACUCCACAGUCUUGCAUCCCUGAUGCUGUUGGGUGUGAACACACUUGUGUUAUUAGGCCUCUCUGGACACAGGAGCACCUGGGCAGGUGAGAGGGGAUGCCACCUGCUGGUUUCACAGGAGAGGGGCCAGGUGGGGAUAGCAGAAGAGUCCUGUUUCAGUAAAAUAGCUAGCCGACAGCUCAUUCUGUGUGCCUCUGGCUGUUAAACUUUCAUGCUUAUGGAUUAAUAUAUUUGAACAAUGAUGUGUCCAUCCCAAAUAUUUACAAAAACGGUGUAAUUUCUAUGAAGUGGUUAUGAACAUUUUCUGCAGUGCAACUAAAUGGGAUGUCUGAUCCAUGUCUGUCAACUUUGGAAAUAACUACAAAAUAAAACUUUAUUUUACUGGUUU